AUGGCACCCAUCGGAGAUGCUGUGUUUGCAACGCUCUUGAUGAACGAUGCAUACCUCCCAGACCUCUACGACGAUAUCAUUCCAGUGAAGGCGAUCGCCAACAAGCAGCCUGCGAACCUGUACGUAAUGGGCCGACCAGAACUAAUUUCGACAUUUACAAAAAUCGAGCUGUGGCGGCAGACCCAGUAUCGAAGGAUAGUCUACCUCGAUGCGGAUAUGGUGAUGCUGCGAGCGCCUCAGGAGCUACUUCAUGUGCAGACGCCAUUUGCGGCGGCACCCGACAUUGGCUGGCCCGAUUGCUUCAACAGCGGUGUCAUGGUCCUGAAUCCAAACAUGGGAGACUACUAUGCCUUACUUGCUCUGGCCCAACGAGGGAUCAGCUUCGAUGGAGCCGAUCAGGGCCUGCUGAACAUGCACUUCAGAGAUUGGGAGCGCAUCAGCUUUGCGUACAAUUGCACACCGAGUGGGAACUAUCAGUAUGUACCAGCAUAUCGACAUUUUCAGAGCAGCAUAUCAGGCGUUCAUUUCAUUGGCAAGGACAAACCAUGGACGUUAGGUCGAGAGAAUCAUCACAACCACGGCGUAUAUGGCGAGCUGCUGGGCCGCUGGUGGGCAGUAUACGAUGCUCACUAUCGGAAUCAAAAUUCUGCUUAUUUUUCGGGCCAGUCAACCAAGCCCUCAAGAAAGGUCCAGGACUAUGUCCAUGGCGAGGAGACUCGUUAUGAGCCAGGCUAUUCCAGUGUACAAUCACAAUCGGCGACAGGUCAGCAGUCAACACCGUCUAUUGUCCUUCAUCGCCCUUCAGAUGGUGAGCCGCCUGCCAUGGAGACUCCAAUGGGCGAUGCUCCAAGUCCAGCCGAAAGAACCGCCGAUGCAGAUUUCACACCAACGCCAACCGUGCAACAACGAAAGUUUUCCGCUCCCGAAGUUGACUGGCACCCUGCGAGAGAGCCACCGCCGACGCAAUCGAAGCCAGAGGCCUCCAACUUUCCUUCUCAGAUCUAUGACUUCAAUAGUGACACAAAGCUAUGGCAACCGCCCACCUCCUAUCCGGAGGCACCCAAGGACAUGUGGUACCAGUUGCCCCCAAAACCAAAACCGGCCGAAGUGACCAAACCCAAACCAAUCUUUCCAUGGGAAGGCAAGGCGCCAAAGCCAACUCGAGUAUUUGCAGAAGCAAAAGCGCCAAGUCCUCCGCCCGAGCCUGAGAUUGAGGAGGAGUCGCCAAUCGAAACCGAAACGGCACAAUCGACGGCAACCUCAGAGACCCUCGAGCCAGAGCAUGCGGAGACGCCGUCGAUGACUUCGCCUGAUCCAUGGGCUGGCUUCCAGUCCCGUUCGAAUGCUUGGGAUGACAUCCCCGAGAUCGAGGCAUAUAUGCAAGCCCUGCAUGGACCACGGAAAGCGAAGAUUCAGGUCUUGCACAACUCCUCCGGAUCACGCUCGCCCGGCCGUAGAGCGAACCUGAAACUGACAGACUUUCCCACAGCAAUUGAAAGGCCAAGCUUACCAGUGACCCCCGCACCUGUGCGCAGGUCUUCCUUCUUCGGCGAGGAACGGGACGAGGACAGCAAUCUUCCACAGGCUGAAGGGGUCCCCAAGCAAGAUGAAUGGGCCGCGGCGCACGUCCCACUGAGACAAAACCCGGAGAGCCAUUCCGCUGACGAUGUUGUGCGAAAAGAGGAAAUGGCAAGCAGCCCAACAGUGAAGAUGCCGAAACCUAUAUUGAAGGAACCAAAGUUUGGAAUGCCGGUGAGAUCAGUUGACGACACAGAGCCGCUGCUGUCGCCAACUGCGACGAGGAAACUGAACCAGAGCGAGGGAAUCUUGGGAAAGACGUCCGUGCAAGAGAUCGAGUCAGCAGGCGAGCAGGAAGCAUCAAAGACUGCACCUGUAGCGGCCGCUACAGUAUAA